AUGUUAAUCUCUAACAAGGUAUUAAGCAAAGACUUUUCAAUUCUACAAUAAUGUUUAACAUCUUUGUCUAGCUAUACAGAUGGUUCAUUAGAAAUAAAAUAACAUGACUUACAAAACCUUAAUAGAGGUACUUUAUCAUAAAAUAUGUUUAGAAGCUUCAAACUACUAGAAUUUCAUAUUUGUGGCAUAAUUAAUAACAUAUGCUAUUGGAAAGUUAUUCUAGAUCAUGAUUAUUCUUUUGUUAUAAUCAAUAUCUUACCUUACCCUAAACAACAUUCCUCCAAGAGUUUUCGAUUGA